AUGGCAAGUUCAAAUGAGUGGAGAGCCCAUUUGGCGACAGCGAUGGUGAUGGUGUUGUAUGGAGGUUACCAUGUUAUCACUAAAGUCGCACUCAACGUGGGCGUCAAUCAGGUCGUUUUCUGUCUCAUCCGGAACCUCGUUGCCUUCUUCGUCCUGGCUCCCGUCGCCUACUUUCGCGAGAGAGGGCUAAGGCCACCUUUGAAUAUACGCCUUGUACUCACAUUCAUGUUUCUUGGUUUAAGUGGGAUUUUCGCGAACCAGCUUUUGUUUCUUAUUGGCCUCGCAUACACAAAUCCGAGUUAUGCUGCAGCUAUUCAGCCUGCUAUUCCAGUCUUUACAUUCAUAUUGGCUGUGAUAAUGGGUACAGAAACAGUGAAUUUGCGAAGAAUUGAUGGUCAUGCUAAGGUAGGAGGUACUCUUCUGUGUAUUACUGGUGCUAUUCUAAUGGCUGUAUUCCGUGGUCCUGCCUUGUUUGGAUAUAAGGAAUCCGAAUUUAUAGGGCAAAUUGAACUAAGUGUCAAGGCUCAGCCUGAACCUGUUGGGUGGUUAUUGCCUAGUUUUCUAGAAUUAAGGAUCGAUGAUUGGCAAAUUGGUGUUUUAUGCUUAAUUGGGAACUGCAUGUGCAUGGCAACUUAUCUUUCCAUUCAGGCUCCACUUUUAACCAAGUAUCCUGCAAGCAUAUCCGUGACAGCAUAUUCAUACUUCUUUGGCGUUCUGUUUAUGGCGGUGACUGCAUUCUUUAUGACAAAUGAGUCCAGUGACUGGAAUUUGACACGAUCUGCAGUCUUUGCAGUGUCCUAUGCUGGAAUCAUAGCAUCUGCUCUGAGCUAUGGGCUUUUGACGUGGUCAAAUAAGAUUUUAGGCCCUGCUUUGGUCGCCUUGUAUAUGCCACUUCAACCUGUUUUCUCGUCAUUGCUGUCAGGAAUAUUCCUUGGAAGUCCUAUUUAUUUGGGAAGCAUUUUGGGAGGACUUCUUAUUAUUGCUGGGCUUUAUUUGGUUACAUGGGCGUCCCACAGAGAAAGAAAGGCGGUCAUGGAAAUUCUCCCCGAUGCUGCUCAGCCAUCAGAACCGCUUAUUAAUAAAGACUCGGUGGUGUUAGAGUAA